CAGAGAAAUGCCACGCUCGCUAUAGAGGGCGAGCCUCUUUUUGCAUGUCUAACACGCCGGGAAAAGAGACGCUACCCAGAGUACACCAAUGCCAGUCUGGAGUUCCAUCAUCUCCCUCUUUCAGAUGGUUUCUCGUCGGAAAGUAAUAACUGCCAAUGGCUACAGAGAAUCACACCUGCACCGCUGUCUUACUGUCCUGGAUUUAGUAGCCUUUGGGGUGGGCAGUACUCUAGGUGCAGGGGUGUAUGUCUUAGCAGGGGAAGUAGCCAGGAAUAUCUCGGGACCUAGUAUUAUCCUUUCCUUUUUUAUUGCUGCUAUGGUAUCCAUUUUGGCAGGAUUGUGUUAUGCUGAAUUUGGAGCCCGGGUGCCUCUGACAGGAUCAGCAUAUCUGUACAGCUACAUCACAGUUGGAGAGCUGUGUGCAUUCGUCACUGGGUGGAACCUGCUAUUGUCCUAUGUAAUUGGUAUUAUCAUGGCAUGAGUGUCUCCAUUCUAGUACUGUGUUAGAUUUCAAUUAUAUCAGGGCUCUUUAGGCCUAAGAAAAGAUAACCAGACAGUGCUUAAGUAGAUGUGAAUUUCUAGAGAGAAUAAAGUUUAGUAUUGUAGCCUGUUUAGCUUCCAAACCCCAUCUCUUUGGGCUGCCCUGGAAAAUGCCAUUGUUGAAAAUGCUGUCGAAUCUAAAGACCUUCUGCCAUGCAGCGUAGACUAGGCAAGAGAAACACUAGCGUAAUUCUGCCCAUGAGGUUUCUUUUUUGACCUGUGAAUGCUUGGAGGCACAAAGCCAACUCACUGAAGUGGCAGCUUUGUAGUAAGCCCUCUUCUGCUUGUGUGGGUCUGUGUGAAAUUGAAGAAUUGGACUCUGCAUCUUAGGUUGUAUAAGAGUGGGGUGUUAAAAGUGAUGGAGUGAGUUUGUUUAUUUUUUCAAUUUCUAUAGCCACCCAUCUCAAGUCAUACACUAAAUUUUUGUCUUAGGCUGCCUCUGAACUUACAACUCCUUCCCCUUCUUUUUUUCUUCUCCUCUUCCUCCUCCGCCCCUCCUCCCCUUCCUGCAUAGAAUCCAGCAAUUAUCAACAUCUUCCUGUGCAAUGUAAAUGUGUGCUCAAAGAAGAGAUGAUAGGACUGUGCAAAUAUAUUGUUCUUUAAAUUUGAUAUGCUCUGCCUGAUAUAUGACAAUGUUUAGUAUACCUGGUUUGUUCUCUAUAGGAGCUUCCAGUAUAGCCAGAGCAUGGAGUGCUACUUUCGAUGAGAUUUUGGGCAAAAACCUGGGGAAUGUUUUCAACAUACAUCUGACCCUGAACAUCCCAGGUCUGGCUGAAUAUCCAGAUAUCUUUGCUGUUUGCCUAAUUUUUCUGGUGACAAGCCUCCUCUCCAUAGGUAUAAAAGAAUCUACUACAGUGAAUAAAGUCUUUACAACUAUUAAUUUGGUCAUCCUUAUCUUCAUAACAAUUAGUGGGUUAUUGAAAGGAGAUCUGAAAAAUUGGAGAUUAAGUCAAAAUGAUCUGCAAAGGCUAACUGACAGUAACCUUAGUAACCAAACUGUGGCUGGCAAUGAAACCUGGAAAUAUGGAACUGGAGGGUUCAUGCCCUAUGGCUUUUCAGGCACUCUGGCUGGAGCUGCUACAUGUUUCUAUGCUUUUGUUGGAUUUGAUUGCAUUGCAACUACAGGUGAAGAAGUGAAGGAUCCUCAUAAAUCUAUCCCCCUGGGAAUCAUUUUCUCACUUCUCAUCUGUUUCCUGAUAUAUUUUGGUGUUUCUUCUGCCUUGACCCUUAUGAUGCCCUACCACCUUUUGGAUCCACUAAGCCCAUUACCAGUGGCUUUUGAAUAUAUUGGAUGGAGAUCAGCCAAGUACGUUGUUGCUGUGGGAUCACUCUGUGCACUUACAACCAGCUUAUUGGGUUCUAUGUUCCCAAUGCCACGAAUUUUAUAUGCAAUGGCCAGGGAUGGACUUCUCUUUCAUGUUUUGGCCAGAGUGAACUGCCAACAAAAUCCAGUUAUUGCAACUUUGGUAUCUGGAGCAGUUUCAGCACUGCUGGCUGUCCUUUUCGAUCUGAAGGUCUUGGUUGAUGUGAUGUCUAUUGGAACACUGCUGGCCUACACUUUAGUUGCUCUUUCCAUUCUACUUCUCAGGUACCAACCUGAUCCUAGUUCUCCAGACCCAAUAGAAAAGACAACUGUAAGUAGAAUGGCCUGGAUAGACCUCCUCAUACACCCUGAUAUAAUCCCAUCCCAUCACUCUUCCCGACUAGUAGUAUACGCAGUAUUUAUUCUUGCUCUUCUCAUCUGUGUUGUGUGCGUGCUGACCUCCAUAAAAUUGCCAUGUUUGACAUCUGGGACUCUGUGGUGUGUUGUCUGCCUUUUUUUCAACUUGCUGGGGAUUCUACUGGCAUCGCUGGUCAUUUGGAGACAGCCUCAAAAUCAGAAGAAAGUACAUUUCAUGGUACCAUGCCUGCCAUUCCUACCGAUCUUCAGUAUCUUCGUCAAUAGCUUUCUGAUGGCCCAAUUGAGCUAUGAGACCUGGGUUCUGUUCUCAGUAUGGUUGCUUAUUGGUUUUCUCAUUUACUUUGGCUAUGGAAUUCGUCACAGCACAGAAAACAAGAAGAACAAAGAUUCAUCUCUAGAGAAAACAACUCAUUUAAUAAAUGAGUUAAUCCGUAAAUGAGCACGGAUUCAAAUGUCACUUUUAAAAAAUGACUCUAAGGAAACCAUGGUGUGAAAUGGCUUAUUUCAUAACAAUGUUAUCCAUUUACUUCUAUUUCUCAAUAGGUAACAGAAAUGAAAGCCAGUUUAGUAUAGAAGUUAGGACAUUAGACUAGAAACCUAGAGUCCAUUAAUUCUAGUCUCACAAAUCUCACAUCUUUGUGACUUUAAGACAGUCCUUUUCUCUCAACCUAAGGAAGGAGGCAAGGGCAAACUACGUCCAAAAAAAUCCCCCCCCCCCAAAACCCUUGCCAACAAAAUUGCAGGGAAUAGUCCAGACAGUUACCAAGAAUCAAAAACUGACUUGGAAGAAAAUUAGAGCAACAACAGAUAAUUAAAUCAUGUUCGCUAGAUGAAGGUUGCGGUAGAGGACAAACUAACCCAUAAACUGACCAAGUGUUCUUAAACUCUGGUGUUCCCACAACCUGCAUAUAGGGUUUGGGUAAUAACAACCCAACAAUUGUUAAAAGAAAACAGCUAUAAAAACAACAGAAAAAGGUAACAACCGAAAGAACAGACUUGUUUGUGCUAAACAAGGUAAAGGGGAACCAAAGUUACAAGAAUCUCAAAUACAGUAUAUUUUACAAGCUAGACUAAAGAAGGAGGUGAUUGCAGCGAUGUUGGACCUAAUGAUUCCACCCUUGCUGAGGCAGGUCUAGCAAGCCUGCAGGAAUCCUUGGCUGAACCUACUAACAGGCCUUUUAGAUUCUGAGGUUUACCCACCCAGUCCCAAGCAGAGGCAUGUUUUAAAGAUACAGCAUCAGAGGGCUGAACUUCACAAGUCAGACCAGUCAAGCAGCAGGCAGACAGGAGAAUAGACUCCAAUGAGCAACAUAGCUGAUCUGUGCUUCUGGGAGGUGGUUCAGCCUGGCUCCUUGAUUGGCCUCCCUGAAAAAAAGAAUGUGGUAAAAAUUUUCUAGUCUCAAGUUCUGCCAUGGUGCUUACCUUGUGUGGUGCUUUGAAUUCCAGAUUUCACGUUAUUGUGCCUCUUGUUCUUUUUUGGGAGGAAGAGGGAUUUGUUAUGUUUGUCAGACUCCUAGCCUUGAUCUGUGCCAUGUCUUUAUUUUGUUACAGUUGUCAUCUCUAGCUCUAGGUAAAAAAAGGACACUUGGCUUCCAAAACCUCUGCGUUAGCAGAUCUCUGGACUUUUGGCUUGCUUGAUGGUUGGAAGACUGCAGAGCCAGUGCAGAAAACCUACACAUUACCAAAAUGGUGGAGCUUGAAUCACAAUGCCAUGAACAUCAUCCUGAGCAUUCCCUACCCCUUACAUAUUUUUCUGUAAUGUUUCAUCACUUUGGUAUCUUCAUAGCUAGUAUAAGGCACUCCUGAGAGUAGAGGCAGCUGAUAUUUGAAUCUAUAAUGGCCAGAGUGUUGGAAAAAAGGAGACAUGUUUCUUUGAUUUCCAAUUUUUCCAAAUCUCAGCUCCCAAAUCACCAAGCAACCCUUUAACAGCAUCUUUUCAGACCAGAAACAAGUGCAGUGUCCCUUGUGCCUUUUUUGGAGAGCCAGAAAUUGCUCUUGUUUUCACUUGGAGCUACUAGGCAGGAUGUAGGUAGUGAGAUGAGUUUGCCUUGCAGAACAAUUUUUCCAAACCUUUGGUCUACAGGUGAUCUGUGGCAUUAUUCUCUUUGAGAAGUGAACAAAAGACUAUCGUGAUCCACGAAUAAUGAUGGGGCUGGUUUCUCAGAAUGGCUAAGAGAAAAAUGAAGCAAUAAUAAGCAAUGGCUCGUCUUGCUGGCUGGUUAGCCUACCCCUAAAUAAUUUCCUUUUCUUAUAGAUACCAGCAUAAGGGUAGGAAAAGAAUUACAUUGUCAAUGAUCCACAUUUGUUUUAGCUACAGUUUUAUGUAAGCCUUCAUAUUUUUUAAUUCAUUAUUCUGUCUUUCAUAACAAUCACAAGACAACUUGUACAAAUUUAAAACACAAAGAAAAGCAAUAGUAGGAAUAAUAAUAGGGAUAAGAGCAGUGGUGAAAUUCAAAAACUUUUUACUACUGGUUCUGUGGGCAUGGCUUGGUGGGUGUGGCAGGGGAA